AGGCUUUCUUGGGGUCGGUUAACUGUCAUGCGCGUAGGAGCUAAGCAAGGACAUGACAUGAGGCUAAACAUUCUACGGGAGAGUUAAAUCGUCCGUCGCAGCUUCUUUAAAUCGUCACAGACUUUUUGUUUUUAAUUUGUUUUUAUGCCCCGUUACAGUUACCCGUUAGUCAGAACAUCUAGCUCAAACUGGAGCUAGCCAAGCUUACCGUCUAGCUGCUACUAGCUUGUAAGUGAAUUAGCAAGCUAAUUUAACUGUUUACAGGGUGCGACUUUAGACUCUAAGAGCAUGGCGUUAAUCCUAUUUACGAGGUCCAGAGCACCUUUGAUGAAAACCUCCCGGUCCUUGAAGAACGAACUCCGGAAAGGAAAAGGGAAACUCCAGGAUGGUUCCUACUUCAUCUGCACACCCCUCAGACUCGCCUCUCAGAAGCCUGAUGGACUCCGACUUGGCAGCUUAGCCCCGGCCUCCUCUGUCCGUCCUUCCCUUCCCUUGUCAGAUGAACAUGUUGGAUCCUUUCAGAACUUGGACCCGCGGCGGCUUCACUGCGCUUUAGCAUCAGGGUGCUUCUGGUCCCUGCACCCUGCUGUCACAACAGGAGCCCAGUGGACAAUAGCCUCCCCACAAGACCUCCCUGGUGUCAGGUGGAUCCACACAUCUAGGACAAGAUGGGAUGACUCGAAAGUCGAGAAGUCUCUGCGCUCCUUAAAAGACAAGAAAAAGCUGGAGGAGGGGGGUCCGGUUUACAGCCCGACGCUGGAUUCGGAACCCGUUAGGAGGACGAUCCAGCAGCGAGUUGUGGAUGAAAUCAAACACUACUACCACGGCUUCAGGCUGCUGUGGAUUGAUACCACCAUCGCUGGACGGAUGCUGUGGAGGGUCCUGAAUGGAAAUACUCUGUCCCGCCGGGAGAGGAGACAGUUUCUGAGGACGUGUGCAGACGUCUUCAGGCUGCUGCCCUUCCUGGUCUUCAUCAUCGUUCCGUUCAUGGAGUUCCUUCUUCCCGUCGCUCUGAAACUCUUUCCCAACAUGCUGCCGUCCACCUUCGAGACAAAGUCCAAGAAGGAGGAGCGGCUGAAAAAGGAGCUGAGGGUCAAACUAGAGAUGGCGAAGUUCUUGCAGGACACCAUCGAGGAGAUCGCUUUGAGGAACAAGGCCGCCAAGAGCGACGUGACCGAGGAGUUCUCCACCUUCUUCCAGAAGAUCAGAGACUCUGGGGAACGUCCGAGCAACGAGCAGAUCAUAAAGUUCUCCAAGCUGUUCGAGGACGAGCUCACUCUGGACAACCUGACCCGACCCCAGCUGGUCGCGCUCUGCCGCCUCCUGGAGCUCCAGUCCAUCGGGACCAACAACUUCCUGCGCUUUCAGCUCAUCAUGAAGCUCAGGGCCAUCCGAGCGGACGACAAGCUGAUAGCCGAGGAAGGAGUGGAGAGCCUGAAUGUGAACGAGGUGCAGACGGCUUGUCGUGUCAGAGGGAUGAGAUCUCUCGGAGUCACAGAGGAACGACUCAGAGAGCAACUCAGCCAGUGGUUGGAGCUGCACCUGAACCAACAGAUUCCCACCUCCCUGCUGCUUCUGUCCCGAGCCAUGUACCUCCCUGACACCCUGUCUCCUGCCGACCAGCUCAAGACUACGCUGCAGACACUUCCUGAGAUGGUGACUAAGGAGGCCGAGUUGAAGGCAGCAGAGGUGGAGUUCUCCAAAGUGGACAACAAGACCAAAAUAGAGACGAUGCUGCAGGAGGAGGCGGCCAUACUCCAGGACACGAAGGACAGAGAGCUGGAGAGGCUGGCUGACGCUGCAGAAAAGGCAGCGAAGGAGGGCGAGCCUGAACUCGGCGUGGUGAAGCCCAUCGAGGCGGAGAUGGCGUCGUCCAGUAUAACGUCUCAUGCAGAGACUCUGAAGGACACAGCUCCUCUUGUAGAAGGACUCAAGCAGCAGCCUGUUCUGCGCUUCCAGGAUGAGGAGAUCACCAAAGAAGAGAUUGAUCUGCUGAGUGACGCCUUUUCAAAGCUGAAGGACCAGAAGAAACUUCUGACUCUGGAGAAAGAGGAGCUGGAGGAGCUGAAGGACGACGUUCAGGAAUACAACGAGGAUCUAGAGGAGAUAAAGAGCGAGCUCUCUAAGAUGGGUCAAGAAAAGUCUUUGGAGGAGCCGAAGGCCAGUCAGCGUCUGUCUAAGAGGUUGACCCAUAUGAUCAGUCGCAUCGACAAGAUCAUCCUGGAGCUGGAGAAGGAUAAGGUGGUCCUGGACGGACCGGUGGACAGUGGAGCCACGCCCCAUAUUGGGGAGAACCUGGUCGGCAUCGACGAGCUCAUCGGCGUCAUGCGGCAGAUCCAGAACAUUCCCGAGGACAAGCUGCACCGGAUCGCAGAGGCGCUCGACGACAACAAAGACGGAAAGAUAGACAUCGAUGAUGUCAUCAAAGUGGUGGAACUGAUCGACAAAGAGGACAUCGACAUCGCCACAUCGCAGGUGGCGGACAUCUUGGCGAUGCUUCAUAAGGAGGAGAAGCUGAUGGAGAAGGAAAAGGCCAAAGAGAAGGUUGAGAAGGAGCAAGCAGCCAAACUCAACAGCUGAGCCCGUUUUACAAUCGCAGAAUAUCGACUCAUUUAAAAACCUGAAAGCAGAACCAUCUUAAAAUGCUCACUAUUUAAAAACGUACGUUUAAAUGCAGCGUUUGACACAAAGACAUGGCUCAGGUUGGAGACGUGUGGUAAACAUCAGCAUCAUUCCACCCAGUUACUUCUCUUCCUUUAGUUUAUUCAUCCUCCUGCUUUUGUUUUAUUUUUCCGAGUGGUAUUUAGACUGACGGCUGUCAGCGGAGGCUGCUACCAAAGAUGAUUUCAGAAGCAACGUAAACCUGAAAUAAAAUGUUGAAUGUGAAAUUAGUCCAAGUCUACAUACUAAAU